AACUACUGUAUAUUUAUGAAUCCGUUAAAGGCAUGUGCAUGCGAGUGCGCACUCGUGCGUGCUUGCUUGAGAAUCCCUUUCCAAUACAUCUUUUUACUUCUCUCACUUUGUGCCAAAUUUAAGAUCGUGUCCCAGUUUUUUUUUUCAAUACUUUACUCCAUUGGUCGAUUGUAAUUGAUUUUCAUGGCAAUGACCCUCCAUGAUUUCCUUGUUUCACUAAACUAGCACACCUAGGCGUUGCUCUUGUAUAUGUCCCAUAUACUUGGGCUAUUGCCUACUCUUUUGAUUAAUAAAAAUUUUUUUACUGAUAAAAAAAAAAAAGAACUUCAACAAAGUGUUUAGUUCCACAUUUUUGCUAGAUAUGUGGGGAUUUAACAUAAUGCAUUUUCCAAGUGAGAGGGAGGGUAAUUCAUCUGUCUUCAGCCAUGGAGGAUUUUUCUCAGUUGAUUUUUGAUUUGGAAUUGCUGGAUCUGCCUCUGAUGUUUGUUUUUUGGGGGGGGGGGGGGGGUGUGGAGAAUAUACGUGGUCUGAUACUAGAGGUUCAAGGCUGGACAGAUUCUUUGUCUCUUCUUCUUGGGAGUCCCAUUUUCUGGAGGUUUGUCAAAAAAGAAUGCGCAGGGGUUAUUAGACAACAUGAGAGGGAUCAAAUGUACUGGAGAUACACGGCGUCUAAAAAGUUUACUGUUGGAUCUUAUAAGACGUUGUAUGAUCAGCAUAGCAUCUCUUUUCCUUGGAAGAGUAUAUGGAAGGCUCGUGUUCCGUCAAAGGUUGCUUUUUUUUGUGUGGACAGCAGCAAUUGGGAACAUUUAACAAUUGACAAUUUGAGAAAGUGUGGUAUGAUUGUUUUGGAGUGGUGCUUUAUGUGCAAGAAAGCUGCGGAAUCUGUGGACCAUCUUCUUAUUCAUUGUGAUGUGGCUAAAGGGUUAUGGGAUGGUGUGUUUGGAAGAUCUGGACUGUCCUGGGUCAUGCCAAAUUCAGUGGUAGAAGUACUUGCAUGUUGGCCUACACUUCUUUCUUGCUCUCAAGUGGCAGCUGUGCGGAAGAUGACUCCUUUAUGUAUUAUGUGGUGCAUGUGGUUGGAAAGAAAUGAGAGGUGUUUUAAUAACAGGGAACACAAUGUAGAUGAAAUCUGGGGACUUUUUUGUAUGUUCUUUGUGUAGUUGGUUUUCAGCUAUUGUACUUAAUGGUGGGGCAGUCCAUGAGUUGCUGUCCUUGUUGUUCUAGUUCUAAAAUGUAUUUAGGUGUAUUUUUUUGUAUACUUCUUAUGUACAUGGGCUUCACCGCAUUUGAUGAAUAAAAUCUUUACUUAUAAAAGAAAAACAUUUUGUGCUAGAUAUGCUCAUAUUCUUGCAUGAGUGAAUGUUAGAGAGAGAGAGAGAGAAGGGGGCAGAGAGAUGCGUAAAACGCCAUUAAUUUUACUCCAACCUCCGUCCUCUGUGCUUGGUGACAUUACUCCAUAUCAUCCCUCAAUCAAUUUUAUAUCCAACUCUUGCCUAAUUUUGUGUGGCUUUAUGUCGUUAUGGUGUCCGAUGUGUAUACAUAAUAUUAUGUUUGUGUUCUUGGACAUUCUAUCGAACAUAUAUUAUGCACUAUGGAUCUCAUUUUUCAAAGGUAUUCUGCCUCAAUUUGGUCACCGAAAUUUUAACAAGCAUCUAUUAAGCACUUAUGCAAGCCAAACAACCAACAAUUACAACAAGCAAAAUAGUCUCCCCUCUGGGAAUGGGCACACUGAGGCUCUCCCAAUCAAAUGCAGAGAACCACAAUCAAAGAACCUCCCAAAAUUCACCACCUUAAAGAAUCCUAUGUAAAAAGAAUUUCGGCUAGAGAAGUGAUCCAACCAGAAGUUUUUUUCUGUCAGAGCUGGUGGAGAACAGCCUCAAUACCCACUUUGCCUCUGCUACACCUCCAUAAACAUCAUUGUAGGGGCAGCUACCUCAAACUUGUUCAACUCUUUGGAGAUGGCCAAGGAGUCAUGUCUAGUUGCAUCACCCAGUGUUCUCAAAUCCCCAAUCCAUUUUUCAUUGUGUCCAUUGGGAAGAAAGGUCUGACAUUAACAUUGGCAUUAGAAGGAAAGUGACAUGGGCUUCUUUUUGAAGUCUACCUGAGGAGGGGAGCCGCUCCCUAUCCAUGACAGAUUCACAAGUAGAGCCAUUAAGAAGAUUUUCGAUUAGGUGACUUUAAUAU